GAGUAACUUUGGUGUGCACAGAGAGGACUUAUCUUUAAUGUGUACAAAUUGAGAUCAAUCUGAUAGAUAGGAUUUCAACCGGCUUAAUGCCUUUCCUCUAAUGCCAAUUACGUGUACUAGUCUCUUUGACAGGAUGUGACUUUUAAUUGUGUGGAAUGCAGACAAGUAUUAAGAUCUAGCAGGACACAAAUAAAGAGACAUCCUUUGUCUAAAACCAGUAGGGAAUCAUGUGUAACUUUUCCCAGUGCUUUGGAGAGAGACACUCCAUGCUGACACCUUCUUUUCUUCUUCAACACAUCAAUUAAAAAAAUGUGCUUUCGUGUGCAACCUCGAUUGUGUUGAUGAGGCAGGGUAUACUUCCCUCUAAAUUGUGGCUAUGCCAUAUGUACAUGUGACUCUUUUCUGGCGCUGUAUUGUCAACAACGUCGUCUGUCUCCUCUUCUCUCCAUCUGUAUUUCAGCCAGAGCUGAAAGCUGCCACCACACAUCUGUAACCAUGACUGCAGAGGAGAUGAUCAACAUCAAGGAGGCAGAGGUGAUCAAGCUGAUGCUGGACUUCCUAAACUCCAGGAAGCUGCACAUCAGCAUGCUGGCUUUAGAGAAGGAGAGCGGUGUCAUCAACGGCCUCUACUCCGAUGACAUGCUCUUCCUCAGGCAACUUGUUCUUGACGGCCAGUGGGAGGAGGUGAUGCAGUUUAUUCAGCCUCUGGAAGGAAUGGAGAAGUUUGACAAGAAAAGGUUCCGCUACAUCAUUCUGAAACAGAAGUUUCUGGAAGCUCUGUGUGUAAAUAAUGCCAUGUCUGCUGCUGAAGACCCUAAGAAUCUGGAGCUCAGCAUGCAGGAGGCGGUGAAGUGCCUCAACAGUCUGGAGGAGUUCUGCCCGACCAAAGACGACUACAGCAAGCUGUGCCUCCUCCUCACCCUGCCGCGGCUCACCCACCACGCAGAGUUCAAAGACUGGAACCCGAGCACGGCACGUGUCCAUUGCUUUGAGGAAGCCUGUACCAUGGUGGCCGAGUUCAUCCCUGCGGACAGGAAGCUGAGUGAGGCCGGCUUCAGGGCGAGUGGGAACCGCCUGUUACAGCUGCUCAUCAAGGGGAUCCUGUACGAGUGCUGUGUCGAGUUCUGUCAGAGUAAAGCAACAGGUGAGGAGAUCACAGAGGGCGAGGUCUUGCUCGGUGUGGAUUUGCUCUGUGGAAACGGCUGUGAUGAACUGGACUUGUCGCUGCUGUCCUGGCUACAGAACCUCUCUCCGGGUGCCUUCUCCUGCGCCUUCGAGCAGCAGACUCUCAAUAUCCACGUGGACCGCCUGGUGAAGCCCAGCAAGGCCGGCCACGCCGACCUCCUCACUCCUUUAAUCAACCGCCUGUCACCCUGCACUACCUCACCUUUCCACCAUAGGCCCCAUUCAGCAGACACCUACAUGUCCAGAUCCCUCAACCCAGCUUUGGACGGUCUGUCACACGGUCUUGCAUCCCAGGAAAAGAGGGGCAUGGAGGCAAACGUUAAGUCUGCCCUCAGUCGGAGCCUUGUUGAGAAUAAUGUUCAUCAGGAGGAUGAUUCACCUGAAAGGAAGCAACGGCCAGGGCUGGAUGGACCCAACACCCCACGCGCGCCUCUGACUCCAGGAAAAGAUGGUGGACCACCCGGUGGCACAGAAACAAACGAGCGUCUUGACUCCACCGAGCAUAUCCAGGAAUACUACAGACAGCGUCUCCGCGUGCAGCAGCAUCUGGAGCAGAAACAGCAGCAGCGACAGCUUUAUCAGCAGAUGCUGCUGGAGGGAGGCGUGAAGCCGCAGGAUGGAACACAAAACAACCUCACAGAGACUUUUCUCAGCAGGUCCAUUCAGAAGUUAGAGGAGAUGAAUGUGGGCAUUGACCACAGAGGAGACGAUGUGAUGUCACAUCUGGGCCAGCAGAGGAAUGGGCUCCCAGGGAACAGCAGCACCUCUAGCCCCAGAUCCACCAACACCCGACACACCCCAGAUACUGAGCCACUAAGGGAUAAGCCAGGUGGGUGGGCCAGCAGCACCCCAUCAAGGACUGGGAGUCAUGGUUUGCCCUCUCUCAGUGAGUCACCAGUCCCUGCAAGUAAGAGUGCUGAGAGGAUCAGUGGGUCCUGCCCGACACUCCAAGGUGACUCUGGCAGCUCUGAGACACGUAACUCAAAAGAGACAGCCAAGCCCAAAACACAGUUUGUUAAAGUGAGCCAGCUGGAGGACACGCAGGCAGUGCGAGCCGUGGCUUUCCAUCCUGCUGGAACGCUCUACGCUGUCGGCUCCAACUCCAAAACCCUGAGAGUCUGCUCCUACCCAGAGACACUGACCCCAAGUGGAGCUUCUGGAGCUCUCAAGCAGCCAGUGGUGCGCUUCAGGAGGAACAAACACCACAAGGGUUCAAUCUACUGUGUAGCCUGGAGCCACUGUGGACAACUGCUGGCUACUGGCUCCAAUGAUAAAUAUGUCAAAGUCCUGCCUUUCAAUGCGGAGAGCUGCAAUGCCACAGGUCCAGACCUGGAGUUCAGCAUGCAUGAUGGUACCAUCAGGGACCUGGCCUUCAUGGAAGGCCCUGAGAGUGGAGGAUCCAUCUUGAUCAGUGCUGGGGCCGGAGACUGUAACAUCUACACAACCGACUGUCAGAGAGGACAGGGCCUCCACGCCCUUAGCGGACACACCGGUCAUAUUCUUACUCUUUACACCUGGGGAGGAUGGAUGAUCGCAUCUGGCUCCCAGGACAAGACUGUGCGGUUCUGGGACCUGCGGGUGCCCAGCUGUGUGCGGGUGGUGGGCACAACUCUGCACGGCUCAGGAAGUGCAGUUGCUUCUGUGGCGGUGGAUCCCAGCGGCCGCCUGCUGGCCACAGGUCAGGAGGACAGUACCUGCAUGUUGUACGACAUCAGAGGAGGCCGCAUAGUGCAGACAUACCGACCACACGGCAGCGACGUCCGCUCAGUGCGCUUCUCACCUGGAGCCCAUAAUCUCCUCACUGGCUCCUAUGACAACAAAAUCAUCAUCAGUGACCUACAAGGUGACCUCACAAAGCCCCUCCCUCAGACGCUGGCAGGCGAGCACUGGGACAAGGUGAUCCAGUGCAGAUGGCACCCUCAUGACCGGACCUUCCUCUCGUCGUCUGCAGACCGAACUGUGGUCCUCUGGGCGCCCGGCCCCUGAGAUAUAUAUUCACUGGACAAACAUGCUAGCUGCAGCAGCAGGAGGCACAAGAACACAGUGUGAUGUAAUCACAUACUGCUGUGUGUGUGUUUGUUUGUGUGUGUAUGUAUGAGUGUUUGUGUGUUAACAUUUGACUACAUAGUUAGCUGUUAGCUGCUCACAGUUAACUGU